UAAGAACUUCUCCAAACUGGAACGAGAUAUUAUAUCGCUAUCAAAAUGGCGAUGAAAAAAUUACAAACGGAAAUUGACCGAGUGCUCAAAAAGGUCUCUGAAGGCGUAGAGACGUUUGAUUCCAUGGUUGAUAAACUGGAAAGUGCGCCAAAUAUCAACCAGAAAGAGAAGUACGAAUCAGAUCUCAAAAAAGAAAUCAAGAAGUUGCAACGAUUACGAGAUCAGAUCAAGUCAUGGUUACAAUCAAGCGAAAUCAAAGACAAGCGAGCGCUUAUGGAUAAUCGAAAACUCAUAGAACAACAAAUGGAACGAUUCAAAGCCAUUGAAAAGGAAAUGAAGACGAAGGCGUUUUCUAAAGAAGGUCUUAUGCAGAUGUCACGCAUGGAUCCUAAAGAGAAGGAAAAGAUGGAGACUUGCGACUGGGUAUCGUCCAUGGUGGAUGAAAUUGCCCGACAGCUAGAAAUGCGAGAAGCAGAAUUGGAAACGUUACAAGGUGGAGCGAGAAAGAAAAAAGACCACGCAAAAAUGGAACGGAUAAAGAAUCUGGAGAACUGCAUGGAACGAUAUAAAUGGCACAUGAAUCGUCUGGAGCUGACACUUCGGCUAUUGCAAAACUCACAGCUUGAAACCGAUCAGGUUCUCGCCAUCCAAGAAGAUGUGAAGUACUAUGUCGAAUCGAAUCAGGAACCCGAUUUCGAAGAAGACGAGUACAUUUACGACGACUUGAAUUUAGAAGAAGAGGAAGAGCAAUAUGCAAUAGCACAAGAAGAAUACAAUAACAGCAUGAACAACCAUACCAACGACGAUGAAGACGAUGUGGAAAGCAAGGAAGAGCUUAAGCCAAUAACGAAGCGUCCGAGCAAAGAAGAAGAAGAACCCAAGCCAGCCUCAAGUCCUAUAGCGACUAGAGCAGCUGAAGUACCAGCCGAAGAAGCAAAACCGGAGUCUCCACAACAAACAAAGGCAGCAGUAACUGUUCAAGCUAAGUCACCUCCAGCACCAACAACAGCAAAACUGCCUGAACCAGCGCAUGUCGUCACUCCAACCAUUCGAUACGCACAAGCUGCAGCUGGCGCUGGUCAUAGUGAAUCACCCGAGUCACAAAAGAAGGAAUUGAAACAUACAGAACCAAUACCAGCACCAGCACCUAUACAGUCAGCAUGGGUAGAGCCACCAAAGGUUGUUCCAGAUAUUGCGAAGCCCGCAACUUCAGAAGCGCCAGCAACCAAUGUGUUCCUACCAGCAUCUGCACCACCGCAGGAUAAGGCACCAGCACCACCAACGCCAACAUCUGCUAUUUCUACGCCUACAAGGGCCAACACAGCAGAAAGCCAGAAUCAUUCUGUAGAGUUUACUUCGCUUCCACCAAAUGAGCAACCGUUAAACGCUAUAGAGACCCAAUUCCCGUCAGCACUGUCGGAUUUGGUGUCUGCUUUCCAAGCAGUCAAGGAUAAAGCCCAAAAACAAGAUGACAAACUGUAUACGCAUCAAAUGCUGGACACUAGCUAUCAGUUUGUUCCUGAUGUGACGGAUUCCGAUAGACCAAAGUAUUAUCAGCCAAAGAAUCCUUAUCCUACGCCAAGUUAUUAUCCACAGCAACCAUUGGCAGUCUUUGAUAAUCCCGCAAUAUUCGAAAAGUUUGAUACAGACGCCCUCUUCUUCAUAUUCUACUACCAGCAAGGCACAUAUCAGCAGUACCUUGCCGCACGAGAAUUGAAGAAGCAGUCAUGGCGAUUCCACAAAAAGUACCUUACAUGGUUCCAACGACAUGAAGAACCAAGUGUUAUUACGGAAGAGUAUGAGCAAGGCACAUAUGUAUAUUUUGAUUAUGAAGGUGCAUGGUGCCAGAGGAAGAAGACUGACUUCCGAUUUUCUUAUCGAUUUUUGGAGGAUGCAGACCUCUCAUGAACGUUUUGAACUAUUGCUGACCUCUUAAUGUGUUGUCCCUUGUUUCUUUGCCACCUUAUUAUUUUUUCUAGGGUAAUGAGGGACAUUUGUUUGUUUCUAUUCGUUACUAAAACGAAUGUA